CAAGUGACUUCAUCGGAACCUUCAUCAGUUCAUCAAUCAAAUCCACUUGUCAGAUGUUUUGAAAUGAACGUUUGACAGAUGGAUACAAUGGUUGUUUAUGAUUGUUGUUUGAAAAAAUCGUCUCACCCUAUUAGGCCAUGGACGGAGUCGACAAAGAGUCGUCGGUGGAACAUAAGUAAUAAACAGUUGAUAGCUGUUGAUGUGUAGAAGAGAGCUUCUUCAUGGCCGCAUAUGAAGGCUUCCUCACGAGUGUGUAUGCGGGUAAGGAUAUUUUCAGGCCGACCUUUUUCGAGCUCAUCGCACAGGAGCAGCUUAACGAGGUGUUUCGGCCGGCGGUACGAUUUAUUGUCGACAUUUGGAGGGAGAGAACAACAUUUUUUCGAGUGAUUCUGGAUUCAUGGGAAUCAAUCUACAGCCUGCUUUUGCUCCUACUGGAAGGAUAUCACUUGAGGGUCCAUGGUGCAACCUUUGCGGAACAUUUCUUCGGCUUGCGCAGACAAGAAACUGCCAGUGCACGAUUGCUGCCGCUUGAAGCUUUUGAGCGAGCUCGUGAAAGAUCGCAAGCACCACCAUUGACUCGAAGACAGCAAUGGACGUCGUUGUUUGUCGUGGUUGUGUUGCCUUGGCUUUCCAAAAAGUGCAAAGACCGAUUUCGACAAGUGGAAGCGUCAACGCAGCCAAGAAGUUCAAGGGAGUUGCUGUUCUAUCGCUUGUAUCCUGCAGUGCAUGCUUUGGAAUCCCUGGUGAGUCUCACUUAUCGAUUGCUAUACUUGUUCGAACAGACUGAUAUCUGGUCACCUUGGCUUCAAGCGCUGAAUCUCAAGCUGGCACGACACUUUCCAGAUCCUCCGUCAGAAGAUAGCAGCAUGCGCAUCCAAGACGUCUUCAAGAUUUGCGGACAGGCAGCUCUUUGGGGGACUGUGUAUGUUCUGCAGUUUCUGCAAUGGUGGUAUCAACGAGAGCACUUGUUGCAACCAACCCGCCCCAAGAAGGCGCCACCACCGCCACCGAUGCGCUUCCCCUACCCUGAGGGUCGCUUAGAGGGAGCCCGCUUUCGAUUGGUGGUCUUGCCCGAGGACCCAAGGAUUUGUGCACUUUGCCACAGGAUUCGGCAAAAUCCAGCAAUGUCAUGUGCUGGGUAUGCCUUUUGCUACACAUGCCUGGUUCCUCAUGUGCAAGAAUUUGGACAUUGCCCUGUCUCUGGGGAGCAGAUGUUGGGGGAAGACAUUCGGCGGAUACGCGAUGAAGGAUGACAAAGCAGCACAGCACAAAAGCAAAAAGAGUUUGGGUGGAGAGUUCUUGAUGAAUCUAGGACUCUCAUCCUACAAUGUUUAAUCUUGAAUGGCAUUUGUUUGUUGCCACUAAUUACGGCCGAGUGCUAUUGUGCUCGAAAGGCCAAAGCCGGGGGAAGGCUUGUUCGAAGGUUUUGUUUGGCGUAACAUGCAUGAAGAAUUCCACCCGGCGAGAUCCGAACAUGAGC